AUGGGGGGCCAUUCUGACCUGGUGGAAUUCUUUAUUGAGAGAUAUUGUAAUACAUCGCAGAUUAAUUUUUAUAGCGAGUCUUUAUCAUUGUUAGCUUGUCAAAGUGGAGAGUUAGCAUUAGUCCACAAGCUUGAAUCAUUAAACCUCUUCUUACCAGAUUCAGUUACUAAUUUUGGACGAGGUAUACUACAUUAUAUUUGUCGUUCUAUGAAUAAUAAAAGUGUUGAGCUUUUUAAGUAUCUUUUUAAUUGGUAUCAACUAUCCAUUGGUGUAAAGGAUCAAUAUGGUAGAACUCCACUUCAUUAUGCUUCAUGGUUUUCUUUAUUGUCAGUUGUUGAGUAUAUUGUUAGUGUUCAAUGUAUACAUGUUCGAGCUGGUAUUGUGUAUAGUAAGCUUAUGGCACAAAGUGAUGCACCAGUUAUUGAGAUUAUUAAUAAUACUAGAAUUAAAACAAAUAUUGAUUAUAUGAAACGAAAUCAAAGAGUGACAAUGUUUUCUUCACUUCUCAAGAAAGCUAGCACUUGCCCUAACUUUCACAUCAAUGCCACUACAAAUGAUG